AUGGCUAAUAUAAAGUGCUUCACUUGUUUACUAAUGUGCCUUGCAGUGUUCCUGUGGAAAUUCUCUGCUGCUUUGCCUGCUCAAGAAAAUGGCCGCUAUUUUGAAAAACAGUUAAAUCGGGAAUUGUUUAACAAUUGGCUAACGUCGGCACGCAGUAUUCAAGCCCUGAAUAAUCCCUGUAGUUAUUAUCCAGACAAAACCUGGUCUGCUCCCAUGCCGAAAAGGAACUCUGAAUUAAUAAAUUCACUUCUAAGUCUGCCCAAGAGUAUGAAAUAUGCUGGAAAGUGA